GGGUGUCUUUGUCCAUUUAAUUUAUUCAACAAUCAGACAUUUUCCAAAUACUAAUAUUUUGAUUUAUCUAACUGCUCUCCUGAUCACGCAAUGGAUUCUUCCUGAUCUCAAUCAAAUAUUGACAGUAAGAAAGAUUUAUUGUUGUGCCCUGAUGUAAUCUGACAUCAAGUGAUGCGGAAGCAUAGAGAAGCAGAGAGACAACGGGGUUGUCAGUAUCUGCAUGAACAAAUUGAUCCAACAUGUACGAGAUACAAACCCUAAACGAAAAGUUACUACUAGCUGUGUGUAAAGGUAAAACGGGGAGUGUGGAAAAACUAUUGGAACAGGGAGCAAAUGUUAAUAUUAGAAACAAGAAAGAUGGGAUGACACCAUUACUCAAGGCAUGUCAAAGAAGAAACUAUACCAUGCAGAAGAUUUUGUUGUCUAAAGGUGCUAACCCAAAACUUAAAGACAAGUUGGGUCUCAGUUGCUUACACUACGUGGCAGAAGCUGGAGAUGCAGAAAGUUUGAAAAUGUUAUUAGCCUACCAAGCAUCCAUACAGUCUAAAGAUGUCAAUGAUUGUGCUCCAUUACACUAUGCUGCUGAUCGGAACAAACUAAAUGCUGUCGAUACUCUGGUAUUCUGUGGCGCUAACGCUUUCGAGAAAAAUAAGAAAGGUUUUACGCCUUUGAAAUCUGCAAAUAAUCCAGAGGUACAGCAAAUUUUGAAAGAUUCUGAAUAUACAUUACUUGGAGUAAAAAAUGGAGAUAUACAUAUACAGUGUAUUGAAUUAGAACCCAAUAAGACAUAUUGGUUAGAGAAAGCGGAUCUUACAGUACAUACACCGACUACAUUUCCAUUAAAAUCCCUUAGUUUCAUAUGUCGCCGUGUUCGUCCAGAAUUCUGCCAUCCGGUAUUGAAACCUUAUCAGAAAGAGCUUCUUAUCAGUGAUACAUUUGAGUUCCUUACAUCUGAGACAAGCACAAAAGCUAAAGUUUUACUAGAAGUACCUCUAUAUGAUUUCCCGGAUCCUUUUGAAGAUAUUUUUAUGAAAACCGACACUUGUCCAACAAUAAAAGAAAGCAUGAGGCAACUUGAUAUAAAACGUUUAAAAGAUGAGAGGACGCCUGGUCGUUUGAAAUGGAUUUGUACUACAGAGGUAGAUAUAACACAUGUCAGGUCCUUCAAUCUAAUAGCCUUCCCUAGAAAGGAGACCUUUCAGAUUGGUCGAUCUGGAGCAGAACUGUCAUCGUCUGUGGACAAGUUUAUUAAGAUUUCUAUUUUGGAAAACACGUUCGAUGACCCAAAGGGUAAAGUAUCACUAGAGGUUAUCCCGACUCCUGUUUACCACCCUCAGCAUAUCGAUUCUAUAAUAUCUAUUGGACAUUUCUAUGAUCUGACCCAUGACAAGAUAGAACAACCUCGCAAGACAGUCAACCUCCGUGUUCCGCUGCCUCAGGACUAUGAGAAUGAUGGCGAUCUGUACCUCCUGGGAGCUGAUGUUGAUCCAGAAUACUUCUUAGAUCAAGACUUCGGUGAAAAGCAAGAUAUGGACCAUUGGGAAGUUAUCAGUGUCAAUCCAAAGACCACUAGAGGUUGUGUGAAUAUACCAGUUGAACAUUUUUCUAUAUAUGUGGCUAGUGAAGCAAAAAGGAACAAAUCAAAAGAAACAGUAAUAAGAGAAACAUCAGAACUGUGUAGGAGGGCAUCACAGCGAAAAACUUUUACCGUCUUCUUAGUAUUGGUGAAACCAGUAGGUGAAACUGUAUACCACGUUAUUAUUGAAUGUACAACUAAGAGGAAAAAAGACGACAGAAUGAAUUUCUGGAUAAACAAAAACUACUUAGAUCAGAAGCCAAGUUACUCGGGGGAGUUUGAAAGUAUUCCAGGCACCAAAUAUAUGUUAAGACUUAGUGGUAAUGUUAAGACUGUGUCUGGCUUCCCCAAAACAAGACUUGAAUUUCAUCCCAAAAGAGAAAACUGUCAACAAUUCCAAGUGACUAUGUCAGACUGUAAUGCUUUUAACGCGGCCUCGGUUGAUAUUUACGAAGUAAAAGAUACAGAAGACGGGAAAGAGGAAGAGGAGGGUUUAGUAUCAAUGUCAUUCCGAUUGACAGGAACACCAUUCGUUGAAGAUUUAGAACCUGUUAACGAUGAAACCUUUCCAGGUUUCACUACAGACAGUUUGUUACGACAACUUUCUAAAAAUCUUGAGAACGAAUGGAUCAAAGUAGCAGUUCUUUUAGGCUUGUCGUUUCGUACUGUGGAGAAUUUCCGAACAAAUAGUAAACUUUCUGAUCCUGACAAAAGAUUCAAGGUUUUACAACUAUGGAGAGAUACUAGUAAACAUAGAGUAGAUUACGGAGUUGACGACCUUGUCUCAGCCCUGCAAAGAACUAAAAGAGAGGAUUUGGUUCAACAAAUACAGAAAGAACUAGAAAUAUGGUUAGAAAAGAAUGAAGACCGACAAGAUAGGUUUUAUAAUUGGGCACAGAUUAAGUUAACAGGACCAUCGCUGCAGUCAUCAGAUGUUGAACAACCCUCGCCAGUAUCUGACCAGAUAUUUGUGUUACUAAUCGAUAAGUUUGGUAACGAUGGAAACAUAAAUCAAGUAGGAUUACAGAUGGGAUUGUCAAGACCAGAAAAUGACAAAAUCUUCAACGAUGCUCUUAUAACCAACACAGACCAUCAACUAUUACGGAUGUUCGUGGCUGCCAGAGAAAAGAUAGGCGAUAUGUUUAAAACAUUUUUACAACUGAUUCAGUCAUUUGAGGUCCUAAAUAUGAACGAUGCCAUGAAAUGGAUAUUUGAAACUGCAGAUCGAUGGAUAUCAAGUACAGAGAAGGACAAAAAUCCAGUUCCUUGGAGACAGGAAAUUAUCAAUUAUCUGCACAAGUCUAGUAGUCAGGAUGAUCUCGAUAAAGAGGGUGACUACAGUCAGGAGAAGGAACAGGGUGAAAAUAGUACAGCUAAUAGGCAGAGUACAACUGCCGAAAACGAUGCCACUGAAACGAAACACGAUGAUGGCGACAGCGAACCAAAAAACAACGACGAAAAUGACGAAGACGAGGACAGAAAUUUUGUUUCAUUUCUAAAAUCCCAAAGUCUGAAAGGAAACGAUGAAAAUAGACAAAAAAUUGAACAAAGAGAAGAAAGUGAAGAAUUUCAAACCAAAGAAAAAGAAGUAGAGGAAACUGCUUCAGUUCACGAUGUAAGCGGAAGUGCCGUUUCUAUAUCUAGAUCACAAAAAGAUAACACGGGAGAGGGAAGUAGAGUCUCCUUGCAAACCCCAAAAAUAAAUGAUAUAAACCGAAGUUGUGGCUCUCUACAGACGUCAGAGAAAAGUCCCAGUAAAUGUACUAGUCAAAGUAGUCUUGGAAAUCAGGAUAAAACAGAUCGGAAGUCGAUUGAAAGUGAAAUAACGAAAGAAAAACAGGAAAAUGAAACGGAAGAAUUCCCCGUACAUGAAUUACAAUCAAAAGGUGAAGUGAACGGAGAUGAUAAGAGUGAUACCGUAUCUAAUUCCAAAACCGAUAUACCGAAAAUAAUCCAUCCAGAAGAGAAGUAUGCGGCCGAACUUUCCCAUAAAAUUGUCGAUGAAGCUUUGGAAUCUGCAGUGCACAUGCAACCCGAUUCAGAAACACAGAACACAAAUGACAUUCAGCAACUCACAGAAAUUCUAAAGACAACUUUGAACCCUACAACGACUUCCGAAGACCCUUCCCUGUCCAGCAGUCACGAACAUAUAUCUGAUUCCGAUGAUCAAAAUAUCAAAAUAUCAAAUCAGGGUCUUAUCCAUGAUUCCUCAGAACAUUCCAACAAAGCCAAGAAGAUUGGAAAAGAAAAUAUGGAGGAUGAAUCCAGUGAUAGUUCUGCUGAUUAGUAAUUUUGGUGCUCAAUGAUUUGUGUCUUCAUGAUAUUUUAUUAGAUCUAAAUGAUAUUUUAAACAGGCAUUUAUCGCAUAUAAUAUUCUCGUGAUUAUAUUUAAUUUGCUUUAUAGCUUGUGGUCAUUACUUAUAUGUAAUGGACACUGUGAUUUGACGAUGAUGCAUAUUUUUAUAAUUACGGUUCUAGUCCUAGGAUUUCUUUAUAUGUAUACAUCAGAAAACCAUAAUGUUCAAUUGUUUAAUAGGCUUUAUACUAUCCUACUAUUCCUCGUCGACUUAGUAUAAACAUAAGGAGAUGUGGUAUGAUUGCCAAUGAGACAACUAUUCAUCAGAGUUCAGAUGACAUGAAUGUAUUUGUUUUCCUUCCAAUCAGUCAAAUAAAAUAACAACAAGGCUCAUUCACAGUCGACGCUGACGCAAAUAACUGUUGACAAAAUGAAAAGAAUAAAUAUGAAACCGAAAAAUGCGUGUCAAAUAUAAUAUAAAAUAACAAAAAAUAAAUAACAAAAUGGAAAAGGAAAAGUAGUGUCGAUUUUCAUACUUUUUGUUCCUUCAAAAUGCCUAUAUCUAUUAUGGUUCAAGUUAGAAUUAGUAGGAGCAGUUUUGACUGUCAAAUAGAUGAUAGAGGGGUUUUCUAAGAAAUAAGUAAUGUGAGACAUGCAUAAAAUUUGCUUACAUCCACUUUAUUUGAACUUUGGUGGAUAGUUGUCUCAUUGGCAAUCAUACCUCAUCUCCUUAUGUUUAUAUAAGAAAUACUUAUUAACAUCAUUCAAACAGCUUAGCAUCAGAUGCUUAUAAAUAUCAUGUAAUCGUGUUGAGUUUGAUUGAGCGAAGGUUUUGCAAUAACAUUAAAUGUUAACUAUCUAAAAAAAACAUUUGUACUGACACAGUUAGUAUUGCACUACCGAAAAGAAAAACUAAUAACUCCUUAUUGUUUUUGAUCAUAUGUAAGCUAGUCCUACCAAUAAUAUGAUGCCAAAAUAUUUGUAACAGUUACUUUGGAUGGUUUACACUCAGAUUUAUCGAAUGUAAAAGUAUGAGUUGAGAAUUAACACAAACUGGCUCGUAUAACCUUACAAACAGUUGUAUGUAUAAGCAUAAAAAAGAAAGUAUGCAAUGUUCUUUUAAACAUUAACUCCAUUAUGUUUUUGCGUUUAAGGUAAUUGAUCAAAGUUACGUUUUUAGUAUUUUGGGAUGUAUUUGAUUCUCCCGUAGAGCAUGACUCUCAUUAUGACAAUGCGAUUCUCUAAUAAAAAUCAUGCUGUCCGGUAACACAGACAACAAUAGAACAA